AUGUGCAGAUACACUUACCACCACUACCCGAACUGUGGCCACAUUGCCCAUUAUACAGUCAUGAGCUGCCUUGAGUUCACUAACCAACUCCGAAUGUUUGCCAGCGCCGAUGGUAUAUUUCCCGAGCCUUAUCAUUUAACCUGCGAUGAUAUCAAGAUCUCUCAUGAUCUCCUCCCACCAGACCACCCAGACCUUUGUCUCCAGUGCUCCUACGACUGGAGCAGCACAUACACUCAGCAAAAUAACGUCAAUCAUCUCCCUCAACGAAAUCGAGCUCUAGAGGGAUUGGACGCGACACACCCUAUCAUUGAUUUGAAGGCCCGAAUGGUUGUUCAGACAAACCCAGACCCAAACAAUCUGCAUGAUAAGCAAACUGACAUGUAUCAGAAUAAUCCCAACACAGUUGGAGACGACGGAAGAUACCACUCUUCAGGCUGUCCUGCACAGGUAGGUACUGAGCAACUUUUCAUGGGAGAAAACACGAACCACACGACCUGGGGUCUCCCUGCGAGCAAUUUCGGCACAUCUUGUAUCCCCGGUUCGAACAUUCUUUUCUAUCCCGAGCUUUGUGCAUGCUGUGGCUUUGACUGGGAUUUGUAUGAAAUGACUGAACCCCAUGCACAGCUUGACCCAGACUUCGAAAGCCACCAAGAACACACCUCUACAGAUGUGAGCUUUGACGUGCGUGACACGAAUGAUGUGUUUUCAAGUUUCCAUGACUUUGGUCCCUUAUCCUAUAUGCCCCAUGUUGAUGCCCUACCAUGUACUACUAUCGAUGAUUUUGACGAUUUUGAGCCCAUGCCCGGUGCCACAACUGAUUGCCUGGCACAGCUAGACCUAGAUUGCACCGAAAACAGCAAUAUCGAUAGCAACAUCAUCGACCUCCUUGGGGCUCUACCCUCUCAUCAGGAAAUAAUUGUCGAGCUGGCCCAGGCCUUCAAGACAGGGGUCUCUUCAGAUGAAAAUGCCCCCGAAACAGCCGCAUGCUUUGACAACACAUCACACACUAACCAAGAGCCCCGAGAAUUCACCCAGGCUACCCCUUCUCUGAAUCACUCCGACUCAUGGACCAGUCUAUGGCGCGCAAAUAUGUCUAGUGCGUCGUCGCCUAGUUUUCGGGACCACAAUGACAAUGCUGACGAGUGGUUCUCAGACCUCGACUUUGUCUCGUUCGGGACUAGAGCUAAUAUUGACACCUCGGACGCCCUAGACACCCCGGUCAAUCAUGGGGCAACAACGGGAUUCCUUGAUUUCUUGGGCGACGAGGAAGAAGAGGAAUGCUUGCCUCUGAGCUGGUAA